AACCGUGUUGUGAUUUUGUCUUCAUUUUGAUCUCUCUCUCUCUAGGUGAGUUCUGGCUUGGUCUUGAGAAGAUACGCGCUGUGGCCAAAGAUGCAGACUACAUCCUCAACGUCAUGUUCUCCGACUGGAGGGGUGAUUCUGAGACCAUCCAGUACCCCAUCCGUCUGAGCGGGGAGGAGAGCCACUAUGACCUCCACAUCCAAGAGACCUCGAACAGCAGCCUGGAGGGCACCCUGGCCACUGAGGCCUCCGGACUGCACUUCUCCAUCCACAGCCAAGACAAUGACCAGAACAAUGACAUCAGCUGUGCCAAACACCUCUCUGGUGGCUGGUGGUUCAGCAACUGUGGACGUUCCAACCUGAACAGCCACUACUUCAUGAGCCCUCCUCCCAAGCAUAGGCAUCAGAGGAAGCAGGGGGUCUUCUGGAAGACCUGGCGUGGCCACUACUAUCCCCUGAAGACCACCGUCAUGAUGAUCGCCCCCGCUGUGAUCGAGAACAAGUCAUAGAGGAAAGACGCUCAGUAUUCUGACAAAUUUUCUCCUCUUGAACUGAAACACUGUUAGAGGUGGUUAGCCGAUGACUUGGGUAAGCUACCCAGUCAGUCCUGGCUUCACCCAGUGAGACUUCCAACAAAGACAAGGCCAUUUUAAAAAACUAAAUAACUCAUACUUUUCAAAAGUCUUAGAGUCUCUCAGCUAGAGACAAAACCAAACCAUGUUUAAAAAGUUAAGAAGUACAUGAACAUGUGAAUCUAGCAGUGGAAAGUUAGCAAGAGUGUUUCACCAAAGCUGUGGCAUGAGCUCACUCUUAAUCACUGUUUAAAGCAACGCUCAGCCUUGGGACUAAUGAAUGGAACAGAAUGAGGUGAGUUCAAACAUGUUUUGUGUUGCAAGAAACCAAGCAUUUUCCACAUGGUAAGACCCAUCUGACGGAGGUUUCUGAAUGGUUAGAGCUCUCCCAGAGGUUGAAUACUGCCCUCGUUGGCUCGAACCAGCCAAUAGAAAUCAUUUAAAGAAAAAUACUUCCGCUGUCUGAUCUCUUAUUAAACACACUGAUGCAGCGAGAGAAACAAUUCAGAAGUAGGUCAAAGGUCAAAAUGGAGUAACAUUCAAAUAAACAUAGCAGCCAACUCGAAGAAAAAAAACUGUCAAAUGAACAUAGUAUUCAACUCAAAAACAGUAAAAUUAACAUCCCAGUGGACACAAACUGGUUUAAUCAACUUUUGUUUCAACUUAGUUCUCAACGUAUUGUGACGUGGAAUCUACGUGGAAAAUACAUUGGAUUUGAAAAGUCAUCAACUGUUGUUUUGAGGGUGAAAUUUCAACGACAGUAUUAUCUUUUCACGGUAACCAAAUUUAAACCAAGCCAAACCUUAUCCACUAAUCCAAAAUAAAAACUAUAGGCUGGACAGCACCUCCUACUGGAUGAUUGAUCUAUAGCUACCCUUUAGUCUCCCACCCAGGGUUUUAACCAAGCCCUGCCUAGCUAUGAUAUUUCUCACUGACUAUAACCAAUGUGCUAUUGUGAGAAUGACUGUUAAAAUUUCCACUUAAAAAUGAAAUAGAUUCACUGUUACCAUCGAAGUCAUUCCAAAGGGUAGGUUUAACCGAGUAAAUGAAAUGUGACUAUACUAUAUCACUCAUAUAUUUAGGAU